CGAGUACGGGUGCUGCUUUAAUAGUUAUGGGGGUUUUGCUAGUGUUGCUGCUCUACCGGAAUAAAUGAUGUCGGUGUUCCCCAAGGUCGGUGCUUCUCUUGCGGAAUCCUGCCCAGCAAAAUACGGACGCGUCCCUUGUACUUCCGUUACCAGAACCACAAAUUGGUUCCCAAAGCAUUGUUCACAUAUCGUAACAGAAGUCUGUACGGUACCUUCCAGAUCUCACCAUGGAUCGCAGUUUGGACGAAACUAUCGCGGAACGUCAGAAGCGAGGACAAAAUCGCGGUGGUCGAAGAGCGCCUCCUCCGCAACGCCGUCGAGACAACAACUAUCCCCGCGAUGGGGUCAGAAAGUCUGUUAGAGACGAACGAACAAACCUCGACAAUGACUGGGUGCACGACCGAUAUGAUGACGAGCCUGACAACUCCCACGGCAACGACAGAUCAAGAGGCGGCAGAGAUCGUCGACGCGACAAUCGGAACCCUCCUCCGGCCAAAUUAAGAGUCGAUAACCUACAUUACGAUCUCACCGAAGACGACAUCCACGAUCUAUUCACCCGCAUCGCUCCUGUGAAGGAGGCUCGUCUUCGCUAUGAUCGGGCGGGACGUUCCGAAGGUGUUGCAUUUGUAACCUACGAGCACGUGGCGGAUGCUAGAGCUGCUAUCAAAGAUUUUGACGGCGCCAAUGCGAAAGGACAGCCGAUCCGCAUCACGCUGCUACCAUUGCCAAGACGAGACAAUCCAUUCGAUCGAGUCGAGAAUCCAAAGACUCUUUUUGACAGAAUUGAGGCUCCCGGUGGCCGGAGUCGACGACGGAGCGAGAGCCCAAUGGAAGAUGUAGAGGCGGAUCGAGAUGCUCGCCGGGCUCCUCGAAGAGGUGCAGCAAGGGACCGGAGAAGCGACGUCAGAGGACCAGCGCCUGAAAACGUUGACCGAUAUGUUCCUGGUCAAGGUGCCAGCCGGAGCUCCAGCCAGCGUGGAGGUCGAAGACCUGGCGAAAGGCGCGAGCGUGCUCCUAGAGCAGAUCCUGAUGGACACAAGUUGGUGGGCGGCCGACCACGAAAGACAGCAGAGGAGCUCGACGCCGAGAUGGACAACUACUGGACGAGCGCUGGCAAUGGGCAAGCCGAAAACGGCGCUGACAUCAAACCCGUUGCGCAAGAAGCACCGGCUCAGGGAGGCGACGACAUUGAUAUGAUCGAAUGAACGCUAUAUUGGUAUUGGCGAUGCAUCCUGUGGCAUGGUCGAGGCUUUGCUUCCUCCAGGCAAAUGCACCGACCGAGCACGAAAAGUAUUUGUU